UGGGCCAGUACCAUGUGUGUGCCCCGGCGCGAAUGAUUCAAGGUCAAUCGCCGAAACCGCCCGGCCCCCGGCCAUUGGUCCGCUGGCUGCCGUGUUUUUCUACAAGCAGAAUGGGCGCGCGGCUGAACCCGACCGUCCGUCCCCUACCGCGUUCCCCCCCAAACGGAGUCUUCGGAUUGCCGAAGUCGAAGUGUGGAGUGAGGACGAUGGAGUGGAUGAGUGAGUAACAACGUCAAUCUUCCAUUUACACGGUUAACGGUUAUACCACCAGGUGCCGAAUGCACACUGUACACGUCCUCACCGCCACAACCCGGUCACCGUACUCGCAUUUCGUAGUAUAAGUACGACUGGACCGACAUGCUCGACCGUUAGUUGUUGCUUGAUCGUUGCUCGGUCAUCUAACGCAUUGUCCAAGUUCGAAACAAACAGCAACGUGGCGUGUAUACGAUACUUAAUUUACCAAUUUUCCUAACGUCUUCGUGACUACGCCGGACGCCACAAAGGCUCGUUAUUUCUUCGGUCGUUAUUCUUUCGAAUUGUUAUGGAUAAAGUCGUGACGUGCGUAGCACCCGUCAACAUAGCCGCCAUAAAAUACUGGGGCAAAAGAGACGAACAUUUGAUAUUGCCCCUGAACGAUUCUGUCAGUCUAACAUUGGACUGCGAUCAAAUGCAUGCUAAAACAUCUGUUAUUGCAGGACCGUCGAUAGAUGAAGACAGCGUUUGGCUAAAUGGACAGAUUAUGCCCAUUGAAAGAAACGAACGUCUAAAAAAGUGCUUUCAUUUAAUAAGAAAUUUGAUCAAAAUACGAAAAGGUGAAAAUAGUCAAGAAGCUAAAUGGAAUAUAAGGGUUUGUUCUGAAAAUAAUUUUCCUACUGCAGCAGGACUAGCUUCAUCAGCAGCUGGUUAUGCAUGUCUUGUAUUCACAUUAGCUAACGCUUUUGGCUUGGUUGAUGAAGAUCUUCCAUCUAUAGCAAGACAAGGUAGUGGAAGUGCAUGUAGAAGCAUUUAUGGAGGAUUUGUUCAUUGGAAGGCUGGUAUUGAUGAUCAGGGUUCAGAUUCUACUGCAGUUCAAAUCGCUGCAGAUAUGCAUUGGCCAGAAAUGAGAAUUAUCAUACUAGUGGUUAAUGAUUCUCAAAAAAAAACUAGUAGUACUGUAGGAAUGAAACAAGCAGUAAAAACAAGUGAAUUACUUAAAUACAGAGUUCAAAAGUGUGUACCUGAAAGAACAAAAGAAAUCAUUCAAGCCAUAACAGAUAAAAAUUUUGAAAAAUUUGCUGAAAUUACAAUGCGAGAUAGUAACCAAUUUCAUGCAGUUUGUUUAGAUACAUAUCCUCCUUGUGUUUAUUUAAAUCAAGUAUCACAUGAUAUAAUAUCUUUUGUUCAUGAUUAUAAUGAAGCUGUUGGCCAAAUCAAAGUUUCUUAUACAUUUGAUGCUGGCCCAAAUGCUUUUUUAUUUAUUCAGCAAAAUGAUCUGAAUUUAUUUAUGUCAGAAUUAGUUAAUGUUUUUCCAUCAAAACAACCUGAUUCUUCAUAUUUACGAGGAAUUGUGUCAACACUACCGUAUAAAGUAAAACCAUAUGGAUUUAAACCCAAAGAUAAAGAUCUUUUGAAGUACAUCAUGGUCACUAAAUUAGGUAGUGGUCCAAGAUGUGUCAAUGACCAUUUAUUAAAUGAUGAUGGUACUCUUAAAUCAAACAACUAAAUUUUAAAUUGAUCAAGAUAUUUAUUAGUUACUUUAAUUAAUUGUUAUAUGCUUUUUUUUGGAAAUAUUUAUUGAUGUUGCCAAAUUUUCAACUAUAGUUUUAUU